GUUGCCAGCAACCCAGAAACAGCACGAUUAGCGUGACUCAACUUAUUAGUCAGACGUUUGUCUCGGACCGCGCGCUCUCAGAUGGACUCGGGCUCUCUCUCACCCGUCUUCGUCCUCAUCAUGGUGUCUGCCACAGCGUCGGCGGUUAACCUGGAAGGGGAGCUGUUCAGGGACCUGAUGAAAGGGUACAACAAAAACGUUCGGCCCAUGGAGCGGAUCGGCGACGUCACGCGGGUCUACAUCAAGAUGACCCUCACCAACCUCAUCUCCCUGAAUGAAAAGGAGGAGGCCUUGACGACCAGCGUCUGGAUAGAAAUGAAAUGGUGCGACUACAGGCUGAGAUGGGACCAGCCCCCCCGGGCGGCCCUGUACGGGAACAUCACCUCCGACCUACGAGUCCCGUCCAAGAACAUCUGGCUGCCUGACGUCAUACUGGAGAACAAUGUGGAUGGGCAGUUCGAGGUAGCGCUUUACUGCAACGCGCUGGUGUCUCCAGACGGCUGCGUGUACUGGCUGCCUCCCGCCAUCUACCGCAGCGCAUGCGCAAUCACGGUCAACUACUUCCCCUUCGACUGGCAAAACUGCACCAUGGUCUUCCGCUCCCAGACUUACAGCGCCAAUGAAAUCGAACUGGUCCUAAAAGAGGAGGCCAACCAGACAAUGGAGUGGGUGGAUAUCGACCCAGAGGCUUUCACAGAGAAUGGAGAGUGGGUCAUUAAACACAGGCCCGCUAAGAAGCUGAUCAACAGCCAGUACACUAGAGAGGAGCUGGAGUACCAGGAGGUGGUGUUCUACCUCAUCAUCCAGAGAAAGCCCGUCUUCUACAUCAUCAACAUCAUUGCUCCCUGCGUGCUUUUCUCCUCCCUGGGCCUCCUUGUCUACUUCCUACCAGCCAAAGCUGGUGGUCAGAAGUGUACGAUGUCCAUUGCCACUCUCUUGGGUCAGACUGUGUUCCUCCUCCUUAUUGCGAAGAAGGUUCCAGAGACCUCUAAAGCCGUGCCACUUAUUGGAAAGUAUCUGAUGUUUGUGAUGUCGGUGACCACCAUGGUAGUGAUGAACAGUGUGAUUGUUCUCAAUGUGUCGCUGAGGACCCCAAGUACUCACAAGAUGACCAACACGGUCCGCAAGGUCCUUCUAAACAUUCUGCCUCGACUGCUGAGGAUGCAGAUGAAGGCGUGGACACCAAACGGUGACUGUAGCUCAGACACGGGCCACGGUGAAGCGCACAUGCCUGGAAGGAACAGUACGCUCACGGAGCCCUGCAGACACCGAAAAUCCAUGGGACUCAUCACCAAGGCGGAGGAAUAUGUUUUGAAAACAGCUCGGUCAGAACUCAUGUUUGCCCACGAGCGGAAUAGCUUCGUUAAAUCAGUAUUUGAGAAGCUGCCUAAUGGUCUAGAGGGCGAUACGGCAGAGCUCCUGGGAGCCAGUCUGGCAAAGGCCUCUCCAGAAAUAAAUAAGUGUGUAGGAUCCUGCAAGCACAUUGCCGAGACCAUACGACAGCAGAACGACUUCCAGAGUGAGAAUGAGGAGUGGUUCCUGGUUGCCCGCGUCAUUGACAGAAUGUGCUUCAUAGUCAUGGCAUCGGUGUUUUUCACGGGCACCAUUGGGAUCUUCCUGAUGGGUCACUUCAAUCAGCCACCCGACACUCCUUUUCUUGACGAUCCCAAAAAGUACCUGCCACCGUUGCAGAAUCUCACAGAGGCUGCUGACGGUGGGACAGGAGCUCACCUCCUGGGCUGA